AAGCUCACAUAAAAAAGGGCAUGAUAACAAAAUCAAACACUCAAAAAUGCAAGCAAAACAAUCACACAAGCAAAUAAAGACGUCAUGUUUUCUAAAAUAAGAAAGAUGAGUUUUCUUUUAUAAUAGCUAGGCUGAUUAGGAAAAACAUAAUGACUAAUCACUACGGGAUCCGUGUUUUUUUACCACUUAAGGUGUCCCGAAUGGCGAGAAUCUAUUUUUUAUUUAAAAGUUAAAAAAAAUAAUUAUGUUAAUGUUUUUUAAAAUAAGAAAGGGGAAUUUUUUUAUACAAAAGUUUACUUGAUUAGGAAGAGCAUAGUAACCAUAAGUGUCAAAGCAAAUGAAGCAUAGUAUCUCUAACAAUCUUAACGACAGGAUAUCAUACUCUAUUCGUUGUCACGAAUUUUACGUAUGUUUCCUCCAUAAUCGAUCAAACCAUAUAUAGAAUCUCUCCCCUUUUUAUAAAAAAGUUUUAGGUUAUGGAAGCAUUUUGAAAAAACAAUCACUAGUUCAGAUUUUUGUGAAAACGUUUUAGGUUAUGUUUUUUUAAAAUAAGUAAGAGGAAUAUUUUUUUAAAUAUAACAGAUUCGGGUUCAAAAGUGUUACCAUUUAGUUUACUGAGGAAGAUGUGAAUUCGAUAUCUUCAUACGAGCUUUUUCAACUUCCAAUCGAUAAGAACUGAAACUGAGAGAAGAAAAUUAAGUUAGUUAGAAACAAUUACGAUUAGUUAUGAGAAAGCGAGAGAAACGAGAUUCUUAUUGACCUGCUGCUGCUUAUGGCGGAGGAGAUUGAGUUUUCAUUCAUCUUUGAAAAGAUACAGGGGAAGGAUGCAGAGAUGAGAAUCAAGACUUAAAGCCUCUGAACAAGAAGAGGAGGUUGGAAAUGAAGACUAAAGCAAGUCGAUUAUUAAAAGAUUUCAAACUGAGCUUCAAAGCAAACCAAACCCCUUGAGAAAUGAGAACCAUUAAUUGAGAGAGUCAUCAAAUUUCAACGGAUCUAUUUCAACGGAUCUAUGUAUUUAGAACCAUUAACGUUAGACUGCAUCUCAACCGACCAUCUGAACCAAACCAGAAAAUUUUAAAUUCUAAUUCACAAAGAAAAUUCCUUGUUAAUGAUGGUUGACGUAAGGUCCAAAUUUAAUUCACUAAAUGAUAUUUUGACAGAAGAGAAAAGGAAAUCAGGUUUAAACUUAUAUUAUAAAUUAUUAUUAAAUACUUAAUAAAUUAAGACUUUUGUUUAGAGAAUAAUUGUUACUUUUAUGAUAAUAUUUAAUUAUUUAUACGUACACAUGAGAAUGCUAUUAAUAUAAAAUACAUUAUUUGACUAAAUUUUUAUAAUACACAUGAGAAUGCUUAUAAAAAUUUAGUCAAAUAAUGUAUUUUUUAUUAAUAGCAUUUUCAUGUGUACGUAUAAAUAUUAUCAUGAAAGUAACAAUUGUUCACUAAACAAAAGUGCGUGCUAAAUAUAAAAUACAUUUUCAGAUAGCUUUGUCACCACAAAAUUUACACCAUGCAAUCAAAUCCAACGUUACAACUUGUUCACUGUGAUUAUACAAAUUUUCACAAUAAAACUCCAAAGAUAUCAGAAACCGAUUAAAAAAAUUAUUGUAAAUCUUAAAAUAUCUAUUAUGAGAAAGGAAAUUGUUGGGAAAUCAGAAGCCCAACAUAAAUAAAAAAGAAAGAGGAUAAAAAAACUCAAAUAUUCUUCUAUGAAACCGAGUCCUAUUAGAACUCCAAUGUCAGCAGUCAAAGUAACUCCUAGUUAGGUUUUGGUAUACCUAUUCCCUUUUAGUCUAGGACUUUGCUUAACAAAAAAUUAAACCACACGCAUAUAUAUAUACGUAUGUCUCCGCAGAUAUCUUAUUCUAACAUUAUACUUGAUUUUGAGAUUUGGAAAAGAAAAGAUGAUUUUGCAGAAGAUAGCUUCUUCGUCGAUGAUCUGUUUCCUUCUGUUGCUUCUUCCAAUCGCUUUUUCUCAGCCAACAAGGAACUUAGAUGGAAUAAGUGCAAGAGCUCCAACAGUGCAGCAGAUAAGAAACAGACAUGGAGCUAGAGAGGUGAUAGUGGACAAUGGGAUUAUCAGAGUCAGUUUCUCUAGUCCUCAAGGACUUAUAACUAGCAUCAAAUACAAAGGAAUCGAUAAUGUUCUUAAUCCACAUGUCCGAACUCGAGGGUACUGGGACAUAACAUGGCAAGGAGAAAACAUUCGGGGCUUGGAUGGAAUUGAAGGAACCAACUUUAGAGUUAUAACUCAAAACGAAGAACAAGUGGAGAUUUCAUUCUCAAGAAAAUGGAAUGGUGGUUCUAAACAUAUUCCACUAAAUAUAGAUAAAAGGUAUAUUAUACGAACAAAUACGUCAGGAAUCUACGCAUACGGAGUCUUCGAGAGACUUUCCGAAUGGCCAGAAGUCGAGAUGGGUCAAGUUCGAAUAGUAUUCAAACUCAACACUGAUAGAUUCCGUUACAUGGUGGUGGCAGAUGAUCGGCAAAGACAAAUGCCAACCGACAAUGACCGUGACAUCCACCGUGGCCAUGCCAAGGCUCUUGCUUACAAAGAGGCUGUACAAUUGACUAAUCCUGCUGACCUAAGGUUCAAAAACCAGGUGGAUGAUAAAUACCAGUACUCAUGUGAGGUCAAGGACAACAAGGUGCAUGGUUGGAUCUCGACCAAGUCCCAUGUCGGUUUCUGGCUCAUCUCCCCGAGCGGCGAAUACCGCUCGGGUGGGCCUAGCAAGCAGGAGCUCACGUCUCACGUUGGUCCCACGGCCAUCAGCAGCUUUACAACCGGGCAUUAUGUUGGUCGGGACAUGGAGACAACGUACAAAACUGGCGAAGCGUGGAAAAAGGUCUUCGGACCUGUUUUCAUUUACUUAAACUCUGAUUCUACCGGCAACAAUCCUCGACAUUCAUUAUGGGAAGAUGCUAAACGACAGACCGAAGAAGAAGUUGAAGCCUGGCCGUAUGAUUUUGUAGCAUCUUCUGACUUUCCUUCUCGUCAAGAAAGAGGAACUGUUACCGGUCGGCUCUUAGUCAACGACAGAUUCUUGACUCCGGCGCAAUCUGCAUACAUCGGUUUAGCACCGCCGGGAGAAGCUGGUUCAUGGCAGACAAAUACUAAGGGAUAUCAAUUUUGGACACAGACGAACGAAACCGGCUAUUUCACGAUUGAUAACGUUAGACCGGGAACUUACAAUCUGUACGGAUGGGUACCCGGUUUUAUCGGAGACUUCCAAUACCAAAACCGUGUUAACGUAGCGGCCGGUUCAGAGAUUAGUCUCGAUAGAGUUGUGUUUAAGCCUCCUAGGAACGGUCCAACGUUGUGGGAGAUUGGUGUACCGGAUCGAACCGCUCGAGAAUACUUUGUACCGGAACCAUACAAGGAUACAAUGAACCCCUUAUACCUAAACCACACUGACAAGUUUAGGCAGUAUGGGUUAUGGCAACGAUACACAGAGUUAUAUCCAAAUCAUGACCUUGUCUACACAAUUGGAGUUAGUAACUAUAGUCAAAAUUGGUUCUACGCUCAUGUCACAAGGAACAUAGAUAAGUCAACCUAUGUACCAACGACAUGGCAGAUCGUGUUUCAACUUCCAUAUGUGAACCGGCAAGGUAGCUACACAUUGCAACUAGCUUUAGCCUCGGCUGCACGAGCUAACUUACAAGUACGGUUCAACAACGAGUACUCGAGGCCAUUAUUCUCAACGGGUAACAUCGGAAAAGAUAAUGCUAUAGCAAGACAUGGAAUCCACGGAGUCUAUAGGCUUUACAGCGUCAAUGUUCCUGGAAGGUUACUAAGAACCGGGACCAACACGAUUUAUCUACGUCAAGCUAAAGCGACUGGACCGUUUGAAGGUCUUAUGUAUGACUACAUUCGUCUUGAAGCGAUUUCUAGAGCUUAGCUUCACACAAGUUCAUAUUUGGUUUUAUUUAUUUAUUUUUACAGAAUUGUUAGGAGAUUAUAG